ACAAGAGGCUGAUGCUGAUGAGGGAGCAUGUGAAGUCAGAGCUGUGAAUGGGGCUUUAUCCCAGGAGGGACCUGCCUCUGCUCUGUCCCUGCCCUGCUGCCAGCACCAGCUGCAGGCAGAGUCCUGUGGGCAGCAAUGUGCCAGUAGCCUCUGAGCAGGGCACAUGGGGCUGGGGAGGCAGGAGACUCACCCUUGGGCCAGGCUGAGGUUCCCCCGAAGUGCGUGGAGGUCUCCUGGGAAGAUGUAUGUGGAUGAUCUGUUCUCCAACGCACAGGGCUUUUGUGAGGGAGGCAGGAUGAAAGGUACAGGAAAGGAAGGACACAGCCCCGGUUAUUCCCUUAUGGUGCUGCUCUGGGAAUGCUCCACUAUGUUCCACAGCCGUGCCUGGAUGGUGGGCUCAAUCUCAGCACAUGGACCGUAGCUCUCCAGGUGGCACCACUGCAGAAGGAAACUCCAUGAGGAUCCAAAGAAUGAGACAGAGACAUCACUGCUCGAGAAAUGUAGCUGCCUUCACCACUGCUGCUGCCUUGAACCUCCACUUUGCCAUAAGGGUGUAGAUUCAUCUGUGCAACCACCCCACUGUGCCCUCCUCACCCAGCUGCCCACCAUGCCAGAGCUGGCAGAGCUGAGCAGCCCCCGCACCCCUGCAGACGCAGACCACAUCCAGAGGAACAUCUUGGAGGAGCAUGUGGAGCUCUGGUGGUUCCAGGACCCUAAAAAGUCCAUCCUGUGCUACGGGAUGGCUGUGGUGCUGAUCCUGGCCUGUGGGAUCGGGGGCAUCAUCCUGCUUUACAGCACUAGCAGCCGGUCUGGAGAGUGGCGACUGGCCGUGGGCACCACGCUCUGCCUCCUGGCCCUGCUCGUGCUGCUGAAGCAGCUGCUGAGCUCUGCAAUCCAGGACAUGAACUGCAUCCGCAGCCGGGAUCAGAUCGAGCUCCUGAAGAGCGGGGGCUUCUCGGACUGCCUGGUGCUGCUGCUCAGCGCCCUGGUGCUGCUGGUCUGUGGGGUCGUGCUCACCAUCCUCUCCACCACGACCAUGCAGCUCAGCCCCGCGCGGCCGCUGGCCAGCAUGUUCACCAGCGGGGUCGUCCUCCUGACUGCUGGCAGCGCCAUCCUGCUCUGCCUGCUGCUCUACCUGCUCUGCACCUCCUGCCGCCGGGCCGCUCCUCGGAGCCUGGAGACCGGCGAGAUCCGCGUCUUCACCAUCUCCGGCCGCCUCGCUGGGAGCAGGCGGCUGCCUCCCACCUCCAGCAUGGCCAACCUGAUCUGACCCAGGACACCUCUGCGUGAGCCUCGGUGGAUACAACCUGUCAGUGCUGGCCUUUCCUGAAGGAAGGGCGAGAGCUGUGAUGUGCCUUGUGCUUCUGCCAGGGAUGACUGGCAUUUGCUUUGCUGAUGGCACAGGAGAGACUUGGGGUGCCUGGACGGGCUCUGGGACCUGCUGUGUUGGGCGUGCAGUGCUGGCCUGGUUGGUGUUUUAUCUCCUCAAACCUCCUGUGACAGCUGCUCCUGCCCGGCUGUGACCCGUGUCACAGAGUGAAGGUGAGCCUGUCCUGUACCCCUGGGGACCCCAGUACUCGCUUGGUUCCUGCAGGUCCUGGAACUGUCACACGCUCUCCUGGCAGGAGAGGCUGUGAUUGUGGGUGGUAUAAAACCACCCUGUGCUCUGUGCAGGGCCUCCAGCUCCUGAGCGAAGUAGAGCCUCCAGCAGCUGGUGAAUGGCAGGAAAUACUCUGUGUCAGCAGGCAUGAGGCACAGGCAAAGGGAGCCUGGUGGGAGGUAUGGCUGCAGGGCCUGCUCCCAAGAAAGCACCUGUGUGUCUGUGGGAGUGAGUGUGGGAUUUGUAUGGGAUUCUUUGUGCCAGAGCCACAGCAUGGCUGGACCUCACAUGAAAUUCUGUUUGUGUUUGCAAUGCCAGGAUCUCUUCCACCUGUGGCUUAUCAAAGGGGUGAUCAAGGGGUGUCAGGGCCCUGACAGGUUACCCAUGCUGGACUGUGUGUUGGGGCUCUGUUAUCACACCAGCAUCAGCCACGUGAGCCACAAACAGCAAGGUGCAGUGGCUGGGGGAUGGUGAUGGAAUGCCUGAAUCCCAGGGCUGGAGCUCUCUGCAAGAGUGGUGAGAGAGGCUGUGCCCUCCCACUGCAGUUUCCCAAGCAGAUACACCUCUGUUGCCAGGAGCCCUGCAGCUCAUCCCAGUCCCUGCCUGUUUCUAUGCUGUUUCUGUCUACCAAGUGCUGCAGCUCCUGCAGGGCAAAAAAGUUUUUCUGCUGUCACUUGGGCCUUACCUGGAGUUUUUCUAGUGUUUUAUCUCUAUAAGGUGUCUAUCUCCAAGGUGUCCUUUCCAGAGGCAGACUAACAAUUCACCCCAGGAGCUUUUCCUGUGAUUUGAGACUAAUUUACCUGUCAAAAUUCUCAUUUCCUUCAGAGACCUACUAACCCAUUUCUUGCCCUUUCCAUUGACAUAUAUCCUAACCUCCAAGCAAAGCUGCUCCUGCAAAACCUUCUCUUCAUCUUCCUGUCUGCUCCCAUCUCCCCCUCAUCUGAGCUGCUCUGCCCCAGAUGUUGGUUUUGCUCAUUAUUUGCCAAGUUUCCUCUGCAAUGGCACAAGACUGAGCUAUUACUUUUUAGUGCUUGGUAGCAAAUUCAUUUGGAAGAGGAUGGUAGCUCAUUCCUUUACUAAAAGCACAAAUCACUGUCUCCACACCUGGAGGCAGUGUCAGGGUUCACCAUUGGUGAGCCCCACAAGGUAUAUGCUGGACAAUGAAGGCUUCAUCCUUUCACAGCUCCAGACCCGAUGCAGUGAGAUCACAUGAGGGCACAUCUGUAUUCAUCUGCUCUUGCCCUGCUCCUGCUGGCUUUCCUUCCCUUGAAGCCUUGGAUUGUUUUCCCCAAAAUAUGGAUACAUCAUUUGGGCUUUUCUUUCUGUAUCUCUAUUAUUUUUACAUUUUCCUCUGCCCCUUUCUCUUCAUCUGUAGAUUUUAUUAAACUGCUGUUUCCUCUUCUCUCUGCAUCUCCUCCCUUAACCUGCCCAAGAGCUCAGAGGGUGUAACAGAGCUCAGAUCUUUCUGUGCUAAAUCUCUUCAAAGCAAAGAGCUGUCCUUCCCCUCUGGGCUGUUUGGCCUCAGGUCCAGCAGGGACCACUGUGCAUACACAGGGAGGGACAGGCCAGAGCUGGACAGUUCUGCACCAUCACCACUGCUGGUGCUCUGCACGUCUGUGUCAGUGCCUGUGCAGUUGUGCCAGGCUGCACCCCCUCUGCCUGCAUCAGUGCUCCAGCAGUUACUCCCCGCUCCCCCAACCCGCACGUGUGGACAGGCCACAGCUGCCUCUGCCCCAGCUGUUUUGCACAUCUGGGCAUUUCUGUGAAGAUGCGUGGCUGUGCCCAGCUCGCAGCUCCGCGCUGCCUGCGUGUCACUGUGAAUCCUCCUCCCCUCCAGAGCCCCUUCAAAAUGUGCCCCAAGUGCCUGUGAAUUAUGCCAGACAAGGGUGAUCAUGGGCCGUGUCAGCAACCCAAGGAGAGAAUGGCUGAGAACAGACUGUGCCUGAAGAUGAUGGUUUGGGUGUCCGUUGCCCAGAGGGACAGCCUGUGCUGCCCCAGUCACUG